GCUCAUUCCCACCCCCUUCUAGGAAAUGAGAGGCAGGCAGUAAAGUCCCAGCCAGUCAGUGACAUCACAUCCAGAGAUCAGAAUUCAUUGGAAACGAAAUUGGAAGUUAUCACGGACUUGUUGCUGCUAAGGAUCUUCGGCUUCAAAGACCGACUGGAAAAGGGGGCAAAAUCUUCGAUCAAAUUGCUGCAAAUGAUCGUUCUUCUGAUAAGACCUUAAGAUGAAGGCGAUUCAGAACAUCGUGUUGUUGCUCCUUGUGGUUCUGGCCUCCGUGUACGGUAAAUUCUUUGUAAAAGGACCUAGUUAUCCUAUUGGAGCCACUGCCGGUGAAGAUGCUGUGUUGGAAUGUCAGCUCAUGCCAGAAAUGUUUCUCAGCAGCAUGGUGGUGCAGUGGUUUAAAGUAGGUCUCGAUUCACCAGUACACGUGUACAGAAAUGGAGAAGAUGACAUUUUUGCUCAACACAAGGAUUACCGAGGAAGGACGGAAUUGUUUAAGGAUGAACUGACCAAAGGAAAUAUUUCCCUGAGGAUAAAGCAAACAACAGUAUCUGAUGGAGGAGGAUAUAUGUGCUCAGUCGGUGACAAAAAUGGUAGAGAAACAUUUUUGGUUAGCCUGGAAAUUAUCGGUUUUGGGCGUGAGCCCUGGAUUCAGAUGAAGGCAAGUAACAUAAAUGAAAUCCAGCUUGUGUGUAAAUCUACAGGAUGGUUCCCUGAACCAGAGAUAUACUGGGUUAGAGAGGAUGAAGAUAGUUUUAUACCAGCUGAAAUAAGAUCGCAUCGGGAUUCUACAGGCCUUGUUGACAUCCAAAGCAACAUUGUAAUAACAAGACAAUCAUCAAACAGGUUCACAUGUCGUCUGCGACACGUACAUCUGAAAACAGAACAAGAAUUAACUAUCAAGAUAUCAGGUGACAUCUUCCCUUCAGCUCCUGAGUGGCCAGCACCAUUGCUUGUGACAAUUUGUCUUCUGAUUGUAGCCAUUUCUGGUUCGAUUUAUUGGAAUAUGAAACAACAUCCACAUAUCAAAGAACUAGAACUUCGAAAAUUUAUCGUAGAACACGAGUGGAAGAAAAUUUUUGAAGUCUCACUGACCCUGGAUGUGGAAACAGCAAAUCCCGAGCUCGAGGUGUCUGAGGAUCUGAAGAGUUUGAGAUGGACCGGGACCCGGAGGGAUCUCCCUGACACUGGGAAGAGGUUUACACACUGGGCCUGUCCCUGUGCCCUGGGAUCAGAGGGAUUCACAUCGGGGAGACAUUACUGGGAGGUGGAGGUGCUGGGGAAUCGGCGCUGGAGACUGGGAGUGGCCUCAGAGUCUGUGGAGAGGAAGAGAGGGGUCAGUCUGAUCCCUGAGAAUGGAUUCUGGAUCAUUGAGCGGUUUGGGGAUCAGCUUUAUAUAAACAACACUCAAUCCCCUCUCCGUGUCGGUCAGGUCCCCGGGAAAGUGGGAAUUUAUCUCAGUUAUGAGUCUGGGACAGUUUCAUUUUACAACGCGGACACCAAGUCCCAUCUCCACACCUUCACUGGGAAUAAAUUCACUGGGAAACUUUAUCCUUUCUUCAGGAAUCGGCAUUUAAACCAGUUUCUGAGAAUCUGCACCGAAGGGGCGGGGCCUCCCUGACGUCACUGUGACCUGACCCCGGGGUUAGGGUCAGAGGUCGGGGUCGGAAACGUGUCAUUGAGGUUCCAGCUUUUACUUUGUACAAUCACAGCCAGUCUGUAAAUAAAACUAAUACAAGGAUAAAUGUUGGAGAGUUAAAAUAAACAGUAAAUUAAA